CCCCUCGGUUGGCGCUGCCUUCCCGCCCGCCGCGGCCUGCCCCAGGAGUGUCAUGUAACAACUUAAAAUUUUCACGUCAAAACAGAAAAUGGCUUCAAGAGGAACAACAGAGACCAGUAAACUAAAACAAAACUUGGAAGAGCAGUUGGAUAGAUUAAUGCAGCAGCUUCAAGAUCUGGAGGAAUGCAGAGAGGACCUAGAUGCAGAUGAGUAUGAAGAGACCAAAAAAGAAACUCUAGAACAGCUGAGUGAGAUCAAUGACUCCCUGAAGAAGAUUAUGUCUGGAGAUAUGACUUUGGUGGACGAGCUCAGCGGGAUGCAGCUGGCAAUACAAGCAGCCAUCAGCCAAGCAUUUAAAACUCCAGAAGUAAUUAGAAUGUUUGCAAAGAAACAACCAAGGCAACUGAGGACAAGGCUGGCAGAGAUGGACCGAGACUUAAUGGUUGGGAAGUUGGGGCGAGACGUAUACACACAGCAGAAAGUGGAAAUCCUGACUGCCCUCAGAAAGCUUGGUGAGAAGCUCACUCCAGAUGAUGAAAUGUUCUUGUCAGCAAAUGCUGGUACAGCCCUGAGCCAGUUUGAGAGAGUCUCCACUGACCUUGGAUCAGGAGACAAAGUCUUUGCUCUAGCAAGUUUUGAAGUAGAAAAGGCAAAACAAUGAAGAGGUGCGUGAGGCUUGUGUCUCUCCAGUUAUCAGCAGCAUUGGACUUCUGUCAUAUUGCAUUAGUUUUUUCUAUUUUUAACAUGUUGAAAAAAAGAAAAGCAAAACAAAAAACCCCCAAACCCUAAAUCUCUUGGGCUCUUAACCAGAAGAUAUGAAUUAAACAGCCUUAAGUGCACUUUGGAACCUUGGUGUCUGUACCCCUUAGUAACAUAAGCUCUGAGGCUGAACACUAAGUGGUACUCUAAAAACAAAAGCAUGGUAUGACUGUCUUUGGAAAGAAUCAGAUAUUUUGAACUUUUCUGAAUGUGUAUUUCUCUAACUAUUAAAAUGUAAUCUUUUUGCAUGUGGUUGUAGCAAUCAGAUCUUUUUCAGGAGCAGUCCUAAUGAGUG